GUUGCCUGUCUGGCGCGGCAGGCGGAGGUCGCGGUCGAGCGCGGCGGAGAGCAAUGCUUUGAGCGGUGGGACACGUGCCGUCUGUGCGAGCAAGAAUAUCACGGCACAGUAAUCUGCGCGCUCGGAUGGGCGUGCUGGAAGACCUACGUGGGACGGCCCGAAGCGGAUGAAACUCUGGGCCGCGCGAUGACGACGCUUGGGAACGGUUUAUACGCUGCAUCCCACUUCGAGGACGCGUUGUCCGUGAGAGAGGCCGAGUUGGCUAUGCUGCGGCGCCUUGGCGCACCAGAUUACCAAAUUGUCGUCGUGCAGAGCAAUCUCGCGAACACGUAUGAAUUACUUGGACGGGAAGAAGAGUCAAUGCAUAUGCGAGAAGACCUAUACUCUAGAACUUCGGAUAUCUGGGGCGAAGAAGAUAGAGAAACGCUCCUAGAAGCCAACAACUACGCAAUGUCUCUUGGUGACCUGCGGCGCUUCGAAGAAGCCAAGGCACUGUUGCGCAAAUCUAUGCCAGUGGCGCGACGCGUUCUGGGACAGGAUGAUCAUCUCACGCUCAGGAUGAGGUGGACUUACGCCGAGGUGCUCUACACGGACGACGGAGCAACACUCGACGAUCUCCGCGAGGCCGUGGCGACGCUGGAGGAUGUGGAACGGACCGCGCGGCGUGUGUUCGGUGGCGCGCAUCCGGCCACAUUACAGAUUGAGAAAGGAUUUCGAGACGCGCGAGGCGCGCUCCGCGCCCGCGAGGCGUCGUCGGGGGUGGCCACGAGGACUCGCGCCGCCCGGGCGCGUCGGUCGGAGGAGGAGUAACUGAAUAGCUUCUAGU